GAUGUGCGGAUUAAGUACCUAUUCACUUGUUCCCUUCCUAAACACUCGUCCCCGGUCUAUUGUUCAGAGGAACAAGAUAAUGCAACAUCUCCCACGAACAUUCGCUGCUUCUACCCUCAAAGCUUCCUGACAUGAAAUGUCUGGCCCCAGUAUGCUGCAGACCUAUUCUAAGGUGUCUGAAGUUGCACGGCAUUCUGUCAUUUGUUUCCUAACUUGACAUAAAACAACGUAACGCAUCCACUGUGCACCAAAGCUGGCUAGGGAUUGGGGCAGUGGCGUACAGGGGCCGUUCACCAACAGGGUUCCGAGAGGUCAUCUGUGCACCCCUGCGGGCAGCGCGGCGGGGCCCCUCGCCUGCCUGGCGGGUGUCUCUUUGCGGCUGCUAGGCUUUGGGGGCAGCGCGGGGCUCGGGACUGCCCCAGCGCGAGGCGCUGAUUGGCAGAGCGGGCGCCGCCGUCCAGGAAACGGCUCGGGUUUCAGCGGGGGGCGUGACCCGCCCGAGGAGGCUGCGGCGGCGGCGCGGGCGGCAAGGGGAGAGCGCCGGGAGAGGCGAGCGGCGGCGGCGGCAGGCGCGGAACCGGCGCACGGACGAUCGAACGCGCGGCCGCCAGAGCUCCGGCGCGGGGGCUGCCUGUGUGUUCCUGGCCCGGCGUGGCGACUGCUCUCCGGGCUGGCGGGGGCCGGGCGUGAGCCCCCGGGCCUCAGCGUUCCUGAGCGCUGCGAGUGUUCACUACUCGCCAGCAAAGUUUGGAGUAGGCAACGCCAAGCUCCAGUCCUUUCUUCUGCUGCUGCCCAGAUCCGAGAGCAGCUCCGGUGUCAUGUCCUCGCUGUUCUGCGAUCCCCGGCGCGCGUGAAGCCUCGGAACCUUGGCGCCGGCUGCUACCCAAGGGAUCGUUCUCUUUUUGGAGUUUUCCUCCGAGAUCAUCGCCUGCUCCAUCCCGAUCCACUCUGGGCUCCGGCACAGCACCGAGCGCAGAGGAGCGCUGCCAUUCAAGUGGCAGCCACAGCAGCAGCAGCAGCAGCAGCAGUGGGAGCAGGAACAGCAGUAACAACAGCAACAGCAGCACAGACGCCGCAGAGCCUUGGCUCCUGAGCCCCCUGUGGGCUGAAGGCAUUGCAGAUAGCCCAUGGUCUCAGAAGAAGUGUGCAGAUGGGAUUACCGUCCACGUGGAGAUAUGGAAGAGGACCAGGGAUUGGCACUGUGACCAUGGUCAGCUGGGGGCGCUUCAUCUGCCUGGUCUUGGUCACCAUGGCAACCUUGUCCCUGGCCCGGCCCUCCUUCAGUUUAGUUGAGGACACCACUUUAGAACCAGAAGGAGCGCCAUACUGGACCAACACCGAGAAGAUGGAGAAGCGGCUCCACGCUGUCCCUGCCGCCAACACUGUGAAGUUCCGCUGUCCGGCUGGGGGAAAUCCAACACCCACAAUGAGGUGGUUAAAAAAUGGGAAGGAGUUUAAGCAGGAGCAUCGCAUUGGAGGCUAUAAGGUACGAAACCAGCACUGGAGCCUUAUUAUGGAAAGCGUGGUCCCAUCAGACAAAGGCAAUUACACCUGCCUGGUGGAGAAUGAAUACGGGUCCAUCAACCACACCUACCACCUCGAUGUCGUUGAGCGAUCACCACACCGGCCCAUCCUCCAAGCUGGACUGCCUGCAAAUGCCUCCACGGUGGUCGGAGGGGACGUGGAGUUUGUCUGCAAGGUUUACAGCGAUGCCCAGCCCCACAUCCAGUGGAUCAAGCACGUGGAAAAGAAUGGCAGUAAAUACGGGCCUGAUGGGCUGCCCUACCUCAAGGUCCUGAAGGCCGCCGGUGUUAACACCACGGACAAAGAGAUUGAGGUUCUCUAUAUUCGGAAUGUAACUUUUGAGGAUGCUGGGGAAUAUACGUGCUUGGCGGGUAAUUCUAUCGGGAUAUCCUUUCACUCUGCAUGGUUGACAGUUCUGCCAGCACCUGUGAGAGAGAAGGAGAUCACAGCUUCCCCAGAUUACCUGGAGAUAGCUAUUUACUGCAUAGGGGUCUUCUUAAUCGCCUGCAUGGUGGUGACAGUCAUCUUUUGCCGAAUGAAGACCACGACCAAGAAGCCAGACUUCAGCAGCCAGCCAGCUGUGCACAAGCUGACCAAGCGCAUCCCCCUGCGGAGACAGGUUUCGGCCGAGUCCAGCUCCUCCAUGAACUCCAACACCCCGCUGGUGAGGAUAACAACGCGUCUGUCCUCAACAGCGGACACCCCGAUGCUAGCAGGGGUCUCCGAGUAUGAGUUGCCAGAGGAUCCGAAGUGGGAAUUCCCCAGAGAUAAGCUGACGCUGGGCAAACCCCUGGGGGAAGGUUGCUUCGGGCAAGUAGUCAUGGCUGAAGCAGUGGGAAUUGAUAAAGACAAACCCAAGGAGGCGGUCACCGUGGCAGUGAAGAUGUUGAAAGAUGAUGCCACAGAGAAGGAUCUGUCUGAUCUGGUGUCAGAGAUGGAGAUGAUGAAGAUGAUUGGGAAACAUAAGAAUAUUAUCAACCUCCUGGGGGCCUGUACGCAGGAUGGACCUCUCUACGUCAUAGUUGAAUAUGCAUCGAAAGGCAACCUCCGGGAAUACCUCCGAGCCCGGAGGCCACCUGGCAUGGAGUACUCCUAUGACAUUAACCGGGUCCCAGAGGAGCAGAUGACCUUCAAGGACUUGGUGUCCUGCACCUACCAGCUGGCUAGAGGCAUGGAGUACUUGGCUUCCCAAAAAUGUAUCCAUCGAGAUUUGGCUGCCAGAAAUGUGUUGGUAACAGAAAACAAUGUGAUGAAGAUAGCAGACUUUGGCCUGGCCAGGGAUAUCAACAACAUCGACUAUUAUAAAAAGACCACAAAUGGGCGACUUCCAGUCAAGUGGAUGGCUCCUGAAGCCCUUUUUGAUAGAGUUUACACUCAUCAGAGCGAUGUCUGGUCCUUCGGGGUGUUAAUGUGGGAGAUCUUUACUUUAGGGGGCUCACCCUACCCAGGGAUUCCCGUGGAGGAACUUUUUAAGCUGCUCAAAGAGGGACACAGGAUGGACAAGCCCACCAACUGCACCAAUGAACUGUACAUGAUGAUGAGGGAUUGCUGGCAUGCGGUGCCCUCACAGAGACCCACAUUCAAGCAGUUGGUCGAAGACUUGGAUCGAAUUCUGACUCUCACAACCAAUGAGGAAUACUUGGAUCUCACCCAGCCUCUCGAACAGUAUUCUCCUAGUUACCCCGACACAAGGAGCUCUUGUUCUUCAGGGGACGAUUCUGUGUUUUCUCCAGACCCCAUGCCUUAUGAACCCUGUCUGCCUCAGUAUCCACACAUAAACGGCAGUGUUAAAACAUGAGCGAAUGUGUCUUCCUGUCCCCAAACAGGACAGCACCAGGAACCUACUUACACUGAGCAGAGAGGCUGUGCCUCCAGAGCCUGUGACACGCCUCCACUUGUAUAUAUGGAUCAGAGGAGUAAAUAGUGGGAAGCAUAUUUGUCACGUGUGUAAAGAUUUAUACAGUUGGAAACAUGUUACCUUGCCAGGAGAGGAAGACUGUUUCCUGAUAAGUGGACAGCCGCAAGCCACCGCGCCACCCUCUCUGACCCACCAUAUAUGCUGGCUGUGCCCCAGUUGGACUCAAGGCAGACAGGUGUUCUGCCUUCCUUGUUAAUUUUGUAAUAAUUGGAGAAGAUAUAUGUCAGCACAUACUUACAGAGCACAAACGCAGUAUAUAGGUGCUGGAUGUAUGUAAAUAUAUUCAAAUUAUGUAUAAAUAUAUAUUAUAUAUUUACAAGGAAUUAUUUUUUGUAUUGAUUUUAAAUGGAUGUCCUGAUGCACCUAGAAAAUUGGUCUCUCUUUUUUUUAAAUAGAUAUUUGCUAAAUGCUGUUCUUAGAGUUUCUUAAUUUUCACCGAGCAGAGGUGGGAAAAUACUUUUGCUUUCAGGGAAAAUGGUGUCACAUUAAUUUAUUAACGAAUUGGUAAUAUACGAAACGAUUAAUCAUCUAUAGUUUUUUUUUUUUUUUGUAAUUUAAGUGGCAUUUCUAUGCAGGCAGCACAGAGGACUAGUUAAUCUAUUGCUUGGACUUAACUGGCUAUUGGAUCCUUUGAGAAGAGAAAUAUUUACGAUAUAUGACUAAUUUGGGGGGAAAUGGUGUUUUGAUUUAUUUGUUUUCAACUCUGCUGUCCGAUGAUCACGUCUAGACACCCCAAUGCCCAUGUUUCAAGAAACCUGCUAAACUCUGUCACCCCAGGGUAACAAUUAACCAGACUUCCCAAGACAAAUGGUACCAGCGUCCUCAUCCCAAGAUGCCUUAAUCCACUUCUCUGGAGAACAGACUUCCAUGGGAAUGAUAGCAGGGUCCUCUCGUCCGGCAGCUGGCCUUCUGCCCGAGUUACACAUUCAUCACGUUUGCCUUGCUUCUCAGUGAGUUUUAAUAACAGCUUCAGAUUCUUCAGCACCAAGAGCCCUUUGGGGAAUCUCCAUCCUCUCAAAGGAUAGCAAAAGCCCAGCAUCAUUCGGUUGAGAGUUUGGGACCUCCUUCCAUCUUCUUAAGGGUUUGCUUCUGGCUUCUACCCACUUCUGACAAGACCUCACCUCACAAAAAGAUCUGGCCUAAUAGCUACUACAUCCGACAAGAUAACGCUUAUUGUUGAUUUCCGUAUUCGAGUAUUGUGUUUUGCUUUGGAUACACCCACUCACUUUGCUACAGUCAUGCGACAUGUAUGCAGAUUACACUGAUUUUAUGUGUUUUGAAAUUGGAGAAAGUAUUUAAUAAAACCUGUUAAUUUUUAUACUGACAAUAAAAAUGUUUCUACAGAUAUUAAUGUUAACAAGACAAAAUAAAUGUCACGCAGCUUAUUUUUUUA